AGUCCGGACACUUUCACCCCCCUUCCAGUCCGGACACUUUCACCCCCCUUCCAGUCCGGACACUUUCACCCCCUUCCAGUCCGGACACUUUUCACCCCCUUCCAGUCCGGACACUUUCCCCCCCUUCCAGUCCGGACACUUCCCCCCCUUCCAGUCCGGACACUUUUCCCCCCCUUCCAGUCCGGACACUUUUCCCCCCCUUCCAGUCCGGACACUUUCACCCCCUUCCUGUCCGGACACUUUCACCCCCUUCCUGUCCGGACACUUUCCCCCCCUUCCAGUCCGGACACUUUCCCCCCCUUCCAGUCCGGACAC